AUGACAUCGGAUUGGUCGUUUACCCAAGGAGAUCCUAAAGAAGACCCAAGCAACGAGUUUGUGGAUGGACAACAAUUUGGGAGCAAGGAAGAAGUCAUGUUAGCAGUUAAGCAGUACAGCAUCAGGAGGGCUAUGAAGUACAAAAUAGUAGAGAGUGACCAUUGGAGGUACAAUGCAAGAUGUAUCCAAUUCGGACCCGGUUGUAAUUGGAGCAUACUUAUAUCAUAUUGCCGAAAGCAAGAAAGGUGGGAGGUUAGGAGAUACACUAGGCCUCAUACUUGCAUGCAAACUUCGAUGGGGCAAGAUCAUCGUAGGUUGGAUUUGAAGGUCAUUGCACAACAUAUUUUCACGAUGGUCAAGGCCGAUCCAGCAAUCAGCAUCAGGGUUCUACAAGGAGGUGUAGAAAAUCAUUUUGGUUACAAGGCGUCAUACAGAAAGGUUUGGCUUGCAAAACAGAGAGUCAUCGCUAGAAUAUAUGGCGAUUGGGAAGAGUCGUACAAAGAGCUUCCUCGUUGGUUAUUCGCUAUGCAGAUGUACUUGCCAGUGACACAGUCGUGGCCUGCCUCCACCGACACUGUGAUGUUUCAUCGGGUCUUUUGGACGUUUCUACCGUAUGUUGAGGCAUUCAAGCAUUGCAAGCCAUUUAUCUCUAUUGAUGGCACCCACCUAUAUGGUAAAUACGGUGGAACUUUGCUUAUGGCCAUAGCGCAAGACGGCAAUACAAACAUUCUGCCCAUUGCAUUCGCAGUUGUUGAGGGUGAGACAAAGGAGCCGUGGUCGUUCUUUCUUUCGUACUUACGGGAGCAUGUUACACCACAACCAGGGGUGUUAGUGAUUUCAGACAGACACAAGUCCAUUGAUGGAGCACCGAAUGCUGAAGGGAGUUUAUGA